AUGAAAUACAAUAUUGUAAUUUUGUUGCUUUGGUCAUUUUUUGCCGCAUCUGUUAAACUUGAAGCACAAGCAUGGUCACUUUCAGAAGUUGAAAUCCAAGCCAAAUUGAAACUUCUCAACAAGCCUGCAGUGAAAACGAUCAAGAGUAAAGAUGGAGAUAUUAUUGAUUGCGUCAGCAUCUACAAACAACCUGCAUUUGAUCAUCCUAUUUUAAAAAAUCACAAAAUUCAGAAAAUACCAACAUUUUUUCAAGAAUCACAAUAUUCAAGUGAAAAACAUGCUUUCAAAGAAAACAUUGAGGUGUUUCAGACAUGGCAGAAAAGUGGAAAUUGUCCGAACGGAACUGUUCCCAUUCGAAGAAUUUUAAAGAAUGAUUUAUUGAGAGCUGCUUCUGUUGAUCAUCACUUUGGAUUAAAACCUCCACCAUUGUUUGUGAAUUCCACAAACACGAAUUUCUCCGAAUCCAGUAGCUCCUUCGCAGUUAUUUCGGAAAAUCAUUCGGGAGUACAUAUCCAAAGUACAUCAGGAUCAGGUUACAUAGGUGCACAAGGUGAUAUUAAUACUUGGAAUCCAAAGGUUCAAUUAGCAGGUGAUUCAACAACUGCUCAAAUGUGGCUUAAGUCUGGAAAUGGUUUCGAUUUUGAAAGCAUAGAAGCUGGCUGGACGGUGAAUCCAACGUUAUAUGGUAACAAUGACACUCGAUUGUUUUCCUAUUGGACUAAAGAUUCAUAUAAAUCAACAGGUUGCUAUGAUCUCACUUGCUCUGGAUUUGUCCAAACGUCCAAUGUUAUUACUCUUGGUGCUGCCUUAAUACAUGUAUCAACUGAUUCUGGUCCACAAACUGGCUUCACUGUUAAAAUAUUUUUGGAUGAGUUAGGGCACUGGUGGCUUAGUGUGGCAAAUUAUAACACAUCUAUAGUUAUAGGUUAUUGGCCAGUUGAAUUAUUUGCCUCUUUGCAACAUAGUGCCUCAGUGGUUCAAUGGGGUGGACAAGUGAUUAGUUCACAACUCAAACAUAGAACCCCUCACACAAAAACAGAAAUGGGCAGUGGACACUUGGCAGAUGGUGGAUAUGGUCAUUCAUGCUUUAUAAAUAGUUUAAGGGUUAAAGAUUAUUCACAAAUGCUCAAAUAUCCAGAAUCUACAACUGUAGCUGCUCAAGAACCCAAUUGUUAUAAUUUUUUCAAUGAUGUUAAAGAUGGUCAAGAACCUGCCUUUUAUUUUGGAGGACCUGGACCCUCUUGUGUUUGAAUUUUCUUUUAAAUUUAGUGGAUUUUACUAUCAUUGUAUCAUAUAUGGUGUUACUUAUGUACCCAAAAAAAUUGGUUUUA